AUGGCUAACUUGAAGAAGCUACUAGCUAUGUUUGCUCUCUUGAUGUUCCUGUCACACCUCCGUGUCCAUGGCGUCUCCGUGUCUGUCGGCAGUAGCGCGAACGUUACUACAGAGAGCAGCCACAGUCGUGGCAGGUGCCACAUCAGUGGCUUCCUGCAUGGCAAAUUUGGCAACUGCAACAGGGAUCACGGCUCGGUCUGCUGUAAAGACGGUCACCGCUACCCGCAAUUCAGGUGCUCGCCCCCGGUGUCGGCCGACACGCCGGCGAUCCUAACUCUGAACAGCUUCACACGAGGUGGAGACGGCGGCGGCAAAUCGUUCUGCGACAACCGCUUCCACAAGGACACCGAGCUGGUGGUGGCGCUGUCCACGGGGUGGCUGUGCCUGGACGGCAAGCGCAGGUGCAACAAGAUGAUCCGCAUCAAUGGAAACGGGCGUGCCGUGCUGGCCAAGGUCGUCGACGAGUGCGAUUCGGUGUACGGCUGCGACGCCGAGCACAACUUCGAGCCACCGUGCCCAUACAACGACGUAGACGCGUCACCAGCCGUGUGGAAGGCGCUGGGGCUCAAGGAGGCCAUUGGAGUGUUCAAGAUCACAUGGUGCUCGCCCCCGGUGUCGGCCGACACACCGGCGGCCCUAACUCUGAACAGCUUCGCACGAGGUGGAGACGACGGCGGCAAAUCGUUCUGCGACAACCGCUUCCACAAGGACACCGAGCUCGUGGUGGCGCUGUCCAUGGGGUGGCUGCGCCUGGACGGCAAGCACAUGUGCAACAAGAUGAUCCGCAUCAACGGGAAUGGGUGUGCCGUGCUGGCCAAGGUCGUCGACGAGUGCGACUCGGUGUACGGCUGCGACGCCGAGCACAACUUCGAGCCACCGUGCCCAUACAACGACGUAGACGCAUCACCGGCCGUGUGGAAGGCGCUGGGGCUCAAGGAGGCGAUUGGAGUGUUCAAGAUCACAUGGUCUGAUGUGUGA